AUGAAUGAAGCCAAGACAUGCAAAGUCCGGGUGACUUUAACUAUUAUUCUGAUUGGUGUUGCUUUAAUGUUCACCGCAGUGGUGACAGAUCACUGGGCUGUGCUGAGUCCCCCGGUGGACAAAUACAAUGCCACCUGCGAGACGGCGCACUUCGGGCUAUGGCGGAUCUGUAUCAAACGGAUCUUCAUGAAAGAAAAUGAGACGGACACGAAGCAGGGCUGUGGGCCAAUAAGCCUGCCAGGAGAGCGCAACUGUUCAUAUUUCACCCACUUCGUCUCGGGAGAGAGCACGGAGAUAUUUCACGUGUCAACACAGAGAGAAUACAGUAUUUCCGCUGCAGCCAUUGCCAUCUUCAGUGUUGUCUUUUCCAUCAUUGGGACCAUUUGUGUCCUCUUGUCCUUCAGGAAAAAGAUGGACUACCUCCUGAGGCCAGCAUCCAUGUUUUACACCUUUUCAGGCUUGUGCAUUAUCAUUUCUGUGGAAGUGAUGAGGCAGUCUGUCAAAAAGAUGAUCGACAGCGACGACACUGACUGGAUUGAGUACUACUACUCGUGGUCCUUUGCCUGCGCCUGCACUUCCUUCGUCCUGCUCUUCCUCUGUGGGGUUGCUCUCCUGCUCAUCUCCUUGCCCCGCAUGCCCCAGAACCCCUGGGAAACCUGUAUGGAUGCCGAGCCAGAACACUAA